AUGGACCUUGCGGUCGUUCCUUAUAGCUCGCCUUUGAUCUUCGCCUCUGGCGGGUCACUGGUGGGCUGGGAGGACACCCAAGGGCUGCUGGGCACGGCCGAGCUCAGCACCCGUGGUAGGCCGGGCCCCGCCGACGCCUGCGCAUACUCCUUUGGACCGGUGGGCACGGAUUUCCCAGAGGGCUGUGAACUUCGUUCGGAGCCGGAGGCGGCUCUCUUUGGCCUUUGCCAACCUCGGGAACUACAGCCUCCGCAACACCACCGAGUCCCGCUCUUCAAAAUGGACCCGACCGACGCGGAGCUGGCGGCGAUAGCAGACCUACCGGGAGUGUUCACUUGGGCAGGAGUGACAGGGGCCCUGGAGCGAGCACUGCGGGCGGCAUUGGGCGACCCAGCUCGCGUGCGAGAGCUAGCCCUCGUCCCUAGAGCUGCCUGGGACACCCUGGUGAGCACCCUGCGAGUGGCAGGACCAGCCGACGCCGACGGCAAUCCAGGCCCGCCCCGGGACUUGACCUUGGUAGAAAGAGCCGGGUCGAGGGGAACAAGCCCGCCAGCACCAGCUCCGACAACGGGGCCGGCACCCACGGGGAGCACACCGGCGACAGGAGCGAGGAGGCUGAAGUUGUCGUCCAUCCUCGACCCCACCUUGGACGCCGAGGUCUCGCCGCUGGGCGCAGCCGAGCUGCAACAGCUCUACAAGGACUACAAGGCCAAGUUCGGCGACUACCCCAGCCCGGAUGCCGAUCCCUCCUCGGAUCAAGUGGCGUCGCUGCGCCAGGUGGUGGCCGCGGGAGCUGCACCUUACGCAGAUUUCUCGCUGUUCGGGCCUCACGGCCUGCGCCUCCUUCGCAAGCAGACGUUCACGAGCUACACUCUGAACGUUGCCACGGGCGAGUGGUCCAAGAAGGAGCAGCCGGGCCCCUCGAGCUACCACACGUGGAUGGAAGCUUGGAAGGUGUUCCGCACCACGCUCCUCUUGCUGGAGAUCGCCGACGCGGAGCGGCUGGACGCCUACGCGGAGCACGUCAGGUCAUAUGUCACCCAGUUUUCCGAUAACUGCUGGUGGCUGAUCUACAGGGCGGAGAACCGCCUUCGCUGUGAACAUCUCGAACGCAUCCGGCGGACCUUGACGGACCGCCCGGAGUUCGGGUUCACUAGCGCACGGCCCUGGAAUGCGUGCUUUGCUGCGGCCGUCCGUGACAGCGACUUCUGGACGAGAGAGCUGAUCACGCCCGCGACCCUUUGUGGGGCCGAUGAUGGCUCCCCUAAGAAGAAGCAAAAGAAGGGGCGCUAUGACGGGGAGGACAAGAGUGAGAAGAAGGACGGGGUGUAUGUCCUCAACAGGCCCGGGGGUGAGACAGCGGCGGCUCCGCCUGGCACUUCUCAUGGGGGGCGGUACGUCAAGCCGACGCCGAAGCGGAAAGCAGGGCCGGCAGACGACGCGAACCAGCAGCUUGUGGACAAGACGGCGCAGUCCAAGGCAUCGGGCACCCGACCCUCCGAGCCGCGUCAGCCUCCAGCGCAGAAGCCACCGACGCCGCCACGGGCCAGGCCGGCGAUCAAGCGCAAGAGGCCCGAUGCCACCCAGCCGGCCACUUCCUCCACAGCCGACGGAAGCCCGAAGGCCAAGGUGAAGAGGCACGCAGCGGCGGCAGCCACGGGCAACAGAACGAAGGGUGCGAGCGGCAAGCUGGCCAGCACCCAAAGCCUCCUGCUGGUUCCCCCGCUGGAGACGGCGUGGCCCGACUACCAGCCACUUGUCCGGGGCCCACGGCCGUAUGGGAUGUGGAUGGAGCAGCCCGCCGACACCUUUGUGGAGAGGCCUUGGGCACUCGUCCUUUUCAGUGGCCGGCGCCGCAAAGGAGACCUUCCCAACUGGCUGGUGCACUAUGGCUUCAUGGUGUGCUGUGUCGACAGGGACUCCUCGCCGUCGUGCGACGUCCUCGACGAAAGUCAGUGGAACUUAGUCGAACGAGACAUCAUUGACGGGCACUUCUCGGUGGUGUGGGCUGGCACACCUUGCGGCACCUUCAGCCCUCUGAGGGAGGUCCGCCCUGGACCCCGCCCGCUCCGCACGGUUGAGCACAUAGAGGGCAAGCCGGACCUCAGCCCGUCGGAGAAGACACAGGUCAAAGAGGCCAACGUGCUGGUGGAACGCACGCAUGAUGCACUGGUGGCGGCCUGGGACCAAAAGCUCACCUGGGGCUUGGAGAACCCGGCCCACGGCGAGGACAAACCGGAACUGUGGCAGAUGCCGCUCAUCCGCCAACUCGCGGGCCUCGAUCGGGUCGCCAUCGCAGCGUUUGACCAGUGCAAGCUCGGCCUGGACACGGUGAAGCCCACCAAGAUCCUCUACAGCAGCAACGCCAGUGGCUUUGAAGUUCUGGACGGGCUUCGGUGUGAUCACCCUCCAGGGUCCCAUGGCAGCACCGCCGGGAAGAAGGAGAGGGGCCCGGCCGGCUCCAAGCAGUGGGCCUCCAAGCGCCAAGGCGAAUACACGCCCCACCUCUCCCAGAUCAUCGCUCAUUCUCUGUACCAGGGCUUCCGCGUCAGGGCCCUGGCGGCGAAGGGCCCGAGGACGGAGAGGGACAGGGAGAACAGCCAGGCCUUGGGCGGCAUGCGAAACCCCCGCCGUUCACUCCGCAGGCUGCCCAAGUCGAGAAGGGUGGGUCGGGCCAUCCACAAGCUGCUUCGGAGCUCCAUGCAGCAGUGGCCCGAGCUGGUCGAACCUGCGCUCGCCAUCCUGGAGGGGAGGAAGCCGGAGGAGUUCGACAUGGAUGUGAUCGGCAAGAUCCGGGCAGCAGUGCUCACAACAUUGGGGGCCGACGCGCGGGCCACGACACGCGAACGCACGGCCCCAGCGAGCACGCCACUUCGGGCCGAGAUCUUUGAGGCCUGGGGCAAAGCCACAGACGACCCGGACUCGGCAACACUGGCCGGCUGGCUCGACCACGGGGCGCCCCUUGGCUUGACGGAGGAUAUCCCUUCCACCGGGGUCUUCCCACCGGUGGUGCCUCGGGACCUAAAGCCCCACGAGAAGCUCGACCGCAGGGCUCUUGAGGGCUGGUCCAACUACAAGUCGGCCGAGGAGGAGGCACACGUUCUGGACGAGCUCAUCACCGACUACGAGAGAAGAGGGUUCUGCACGGUGGUUUCCACCCUGGAGGAAGCCAUCGAGAUCCUGGGCGGCCCGCCCGUCCUCAACCGACUCGGCGUCUUGGUGAAAGAAAAGAAGGACGCACAGGGCAACCUGGUGCGAAAGGCCCGGGUCAUUUGGGACCUGAAAGAGUCACAGGUGAACAAGGCGUGCAACCAGGGGGAAAGGAUUAUCCUCCCUAGGCUUCUGGACGUGGUGGCCUCCCUCUUGGCGGCCUAUCGGAGGGGCCGGCCACCCUUCCUGGCGUGCAUCGACAUCCGGGACGCCUUCAUGAAUAUACCAGCCGGGAAGGACCGGCGCUUUACGGUGGCGGCCGUCCCUCGGAAGCGGAACCGAGGCAAGAUGCACAAGCUGGUGCUCUUUAACACGUUGGUGUUUGGAUCGGCGUCCUCACCAACCGUGUGGGGACGCGCCGCAGCGUGGCUUGGAAGAACGACGGCAGCCACGGGGCCAGCCGACACCCAGGUGUACGUCGAUGAUCCGGUCUUUGUGCUGGACGGGCCGCACUUGAAGGUCGCCGCCUCAGACCUGACGGUGGCCCUGCUUUGGGCCGCCGUUUCAGGCUACCCCGUCAAGCUUUCGAAAGCCUGUGGUGGCAAAGACUUGGAAUGGGUGGGCGCGAGGAUCCGGUGCGUCGACGCGGAGGAGGCAGUGAUCGUGACCCUGCCGGCCUCCAAAAUUCAGGCCCUCCUGCAAGACACCGACAAGUUCCUGGGCCGAUCAGUGGUGGGAUCAAGGGAGCUACGCUCCUUCACGGGGGCUCUCUCCUUCGUUGCGGGCCUGGUACCGCACUUGCGGCCGUUCCUGGCUACCUUCUGGGCGGUUUUGACCAGGCAUGAUGUGACGGGUGAAGGUCGGCAUACUUUGUCGACCCGAAGGCUCAUACAUGUCAGGCGGAUCCGCCCGGCACUCUGCUGGGUUCGGGCGCUACUAGCCGGUGGCCCCACCAUCGAGAAGAUCUUCUACGCCAACCCGCCCAAGGUCGACCUGGAGAUCGUCACCGACGCUUGCCCAUGGGGGAUGGGAGGAAUAAGGAGAGAAGGGGGGCGUCCCACGGCCUACUUCUACCUCCACAUCCCAGACGUAGUCCUCCGAAAAUUCGGGGCGGAGCGGGGCCUGCCGAAAUACAACACGCUGUGGGAAGGACUGGCCCUUCUGGUCGCCUUCCGCUUGUGGCUGCCCUCCCUCGUUCACGGCGCCACGUUUCGGGCCAAGUCGGACAACCUCGGGUUCCUCAUGGCACUUGCCAAGGGAAGCGCAAGGUCUGCGGACCUCAAUGUGCUUGCUCGGGAGUUUGCCUUCGACCAGGCGACGCGGGCCUACCACGUGAACGGUUUGGUCCACAUCCCCGGCGUCACGAAUGUGCAGGCGGACGCCCUUUCUCGCCAGUUCGCUCCUGAGGCAAAACGCUUCCCAAAGGAGCUUCUGGAGGUUCCUCGUGACGAGGUCCUCAUCAACGAUCACUUCUGGCAAUGGGUGGCUUGGUCAGUGUGGGCAGGGCUCGAGCCUUAUCCCCUAACACCCGACGGAAUGUACGUCGUCAUGGGUGGGCUCAAAGAGGCAGGCUACCGUUCAGCGAUGCAAUACCUGGACCUUGCCAAGCAAGAACACGUCCAGAAAGGACACCCGUGGACGGACCAGUUGGCCUUAGCGUAUCGGGUUUGCUCGCGCUCCUGCAAGCGAGGGCUUGGUCCAGCCAAACAGGCGGCGGCCCUCCCGCUCGACAAGCUGGCCGGGUUAGACCAGUCACGCUGUCAAGUCCCUUCGGGACCGGCGAGGCCAGUCACCUCCACUAUAGUGGCGUCCUGGUGGCUCUUACGCGAGCUGGAAGCGUCCCGCGCCAAGGUUCGGCACAUUACCCUGGACUUCGGGGCGAAAGUAGCCGCAUGGUUGCUACCGUCGUCCAAGACGGAUGUUGCAGCGCUUGGGGCCACCCGCAAGCACUCUUGUUCCUGCGCCGUUUUACAUCCAGACCUUUGCCCUUUUCACACCCUAGCGUCUCUGGUGCAGGGAAAGCAACCGGAAGAUCCCGUUUUUGUGGACCUGGAUGGAUGCCCACCAUCAAAGCAUGGGUGGGCCGACACAUUCCAACGAAUCGCAGCUUUGCUGGGGCUCCCGUUGUACCAUCACAACGGAGCUCGGGCUUUCACUGGCCACACGGCACGCGCUACAGGAGCGCAGUUCCUAGCCUUUAAAGGAAUCGAAAUUUGGCGCAUCCAAAUUUUUGGGAGGUGGGGAAGCGAAGUGAUUCUCCGAUACGUCCGCGAUGCCCCUCUAGCACAGCUGAACGAGUUGGCCAUCGAGGCUGGCGACAGGGAAACCUUAGCCAAGAUUCGCAGCGAUCUGGACAGGCUUAUGCGGGAGGUCAGACCGUCACUGGCAAUCCCCGAUUCCAGUUGGCACGUUGAGUGCCAGGUUAGGGGCGCGCCGGCGUCAGGCCCGGCGGCCAUCCACACUAGCACGGCCAAGGCCCUCGUCCUCAAUACGGCUCGAGGUGGCAAGCUUCACAAAUGCCUUAGCGAUUUCAGCUCACCCCAGGUGGCGCUGAACCCGAGCUCGUGGCGUACCUGUUGUCUUUGGCCCUUCGCGUCAGGCGACAAAUCCUUUCAAUGGGAGAUGCAAACAUUGCUUCCCCAGCCAGAGGCGGGCUCCGUCGGAAUCGGAGUCAAGCUCCUCUUCCUCCUCCAACUCGAGCACAAGCUCGAGUGA